AGCAACAUUAGCCUGGAUUCCGGCAACUCAAUCCCCUCCGUCACCCACCAACCCUAAAAUAAAAAAUACGCCCUAACUCUCUCUCCCUCUCUCUAAACCAUGUCUUAAUCUCUAUACUAACUACAUGGGAGGGAUCUCUCCUCUCUCUCUCUCCAAUAACCUACUUUCUAUCUCUCUGCAAUAACCUACUCUCUCUCUCUCCCCUAAAUGCAAAUUACAUAUUACUUGCUACACAAAUUUGGUAUCUCUGGUUGUUUUUGCCUUUUGAAUGCCUCUUACCCUGGCUAAAUGUGGUGCAUUUCUUCCUCUAAUAAAUAUCGUACUCUCUCUCUCUCUCUCUCUUCAAUAAUCCCCUGAAUUAGCGGAUCAGUAGAAUGGGGCCAUUCCGGUUUGGCCUCGCUAGCCCUUGAGAAGGAAGACUAGAUCUGGUUGGGAUAGAAAUUUCCCCAGAAGAAACCACUCUUCAUUCUCCUUUUUAUCGGAUUUUUAGUCAUGGCGCCACCCAAUUACGAGUUUCAGGAAUGGUGGAAUAGGGAGAGAGAGAGGACGCAUGGUGUAGUCGUCAAAAUGGAGAAGCCUAACUGGUCCAUGGUCGAAAUCCAGAGCCCCAGAGACCAGGAUUUCGAGAAAGGGAAAGGGAGAAACGCUAAGCAGCUAAGAUGGGUUUGCUUUCUCAGAGCCCAACAAGCAGCUGGUUUUAUUUCGUGGCUCUUUAAUGGCUCCUAUAAUUUGAUAUCAGCUGCAAAGAGAAGAAUCCAGUCUAGAAGGCCUGACAAAACGGCCCAAAAUUCAAAGCUUUAUAGGGUAAUCAAAGGGUUCCUGGUUUUUGCUGUAGCAAUGCUGGUUUUUGAGAUCGGGGCUUAUUACAAGGGGUGGCAUUUUAACCCACCUUCUGCAAAAGCUGAGGUUUUGGGGUUCUUGGAAUGGAUUUAUUCUUCUUGGGUUUUCAUUAGGGAGGAUUAUAUUGCCCCUCCCCUACAAUUUUUGACUAAUGUUUGUAUAGUUUUGUUCCUGGUUCAAUCGGUGGAUCGAAUUGUGCUAGUUCUGGGGUGCUUUUGGAUCAGGUUCAGGAAGCUCAAGCCUGCUCCUCUAAUGGAGGUCAGAGAAUUGGAGGAGGGAGUUGAUGGGGAUUACCCCAUGGUGCUUAUUCAGAUCCCCAUGUGCAAUGAGAGAGAGGUUUACCAACAAUCAAUUGCUGCUGUGUGCGCCCAAGAUUGGCCUCGGGAUCAUAUGCUUAUACAAGUCCUGGAUGACUCUGAUGAUGUGGAUGUGCAAUGUCUAAUCAACACGGAGGUGAGCAAGUGGCAGCAGAAGGGUGUGCGCAUCUUAUAUAGGCACCGGCUUAUACGAACGGGUUAUAAGGCUGGGAAUCUCAAAUCAGCUAUGAACUGUGAGUAUGUAAAGGAUUAUGAGUAUGUGGCAAUUUUUGAUGCAGACUUUCAACCUGGACCCGACUUCUUGAAGAAGACUAUUCCUCAUUUUAAGGGUAAAGAAGAUCUAGCACUGGUGCAGACAAGGUGGUCAUUUGUGAACAAAGAUGAAAACUUGUUGACAAGAUUGCAGAACAUAAAUUUAUCCUUCCACUUUGAGGUGGAACAGCAGGUGAAUGGCAUGUUUUUGAAUUUCUUUGGUUUCAAUGGCACUGCUGGUGUGUGGCGGAUAAAGGCUCUUGAGGAUUCUGGUGGCUGGCUUGAGAGAACUACUGUGGAAGACAUGGAUAUUGCUGUGCGAGCCCACCUCGAUGGAUGGAAAUUUAUAUUUCUCAAUGAUGUCAAGUGUCUCUGUGAGCUUCCUGAAUCCUACGAGGCAUAUAAAAAACAACAGUAUCGGUGGCAUUCAGGUCCAAUGCAGUUGUUCCGCUUGUGUUUCUUUGACAUCCUUCGCUCAAAGGUGAGUAUUCUCGCGAAAGCCAAUCUGAUAUUCCUCUUCUUUCUUCUUCGGAAGCUCGUCUUGCCCUUCUAUUCAUUCAUGCUCUUCUGCAUCAUCCUCCCUUUGACCAUGUUCGUGCCUGAGGCCCAACUACCCACCUGGGUCGUGUGCUAUGUGCCUGGUGUCAUGUCCAUCUUGAAUAUCCUUCCAUCACCGAGGUCUUUCCCAUUCAUUGUUCCGUACCUCCUUUUCGAGAACACAAUGUCUGUUACCAAGUUCAAUGCCAUGAUAUCAGGAUUAUUCAAAUUUACAAGCUCAUAUGAAUGGGUAGUUACAAAGAAACUAGGAAGAUCUUCUGAAGCCGACUUAGUUGCCUUUAUGGAAAAGGAAUCAUCUGUUCCACAGGAAAGCACGAGCCUUCUUCAUAGGGCUUCUUCAGAAUCGGGUCUUGAUGAGUUGAACAGAUUGGAGAAGAAGAAGAAAACGGGGAAAAGUAGGAGUAAUCGCCUGUAUCGGAAAGAGCUUGCCCUUGCCUUCAUUCUAUUAGCUGCUGCUGCUAGGAGCUUGUUAUCUGCUCAGGGGAUUCACUUCUAUUUCUUGUUGUUUCAAGGGGUCACUUUCCUUGUUGUAGGUCUUGAUUUAAUAGGAGAGCAGGUAAGUUAAGGAGUUGAAAUAUCAUCCACUGAAGGGUUGGAAUUUUUGGGUUGCCUUACUUGAGGGGCAUUUCAGUGUGGUUUGAACAAUUUGGGCUAAAACAGUGCCCAAAUAAUCGGACCCUUCACUUGCAUUUUGAGCAAUUCAGUGCUCAAAUAAUUGAGAGCCAUUGCCCUCUAGUUCAUAUUUAUCUUCAAUUCGUCUCCAUAUUUAUACUGGUGCAUAAUUUUGAGGUUAGAUGCCAGCAACUUCAAUUUCUAAAAGCUCUCAACAGCCCACUUUGUGAUGUUGAAGCUAAUUCUGGCUGAAGGUUCAUUUGUGGACAUUCUGGGCUAAUCUGCAUAUACGAAAGCUUGUUCCACUUAGGUGACUUGUAAUUGCCUUGAAAUUGUGGAAAUCCAUGAAAACAGAUAGUAAGCCAUGGUUUUUGUGGGAAAAGUUGUACAUUGGUUGUAAUACGAAAGAAGGCGACGCCAAAUUCUUUUGAUGUAUAAUAUGUUGUAGUUAUGAAGAUUGAUUUCUUUUAUGAAGCAUGGGUUUUCAUUUGUUUGGUUA